AUGGCAUCAUCCGAUCUUUCCACCCCGGCCCAAGAAGACGCCUACGAAGAGAAGAACGUGCACGAAGUAUAUCAACAGAUUGCAACCCACUUCUCUUCCACUCGAUACAAGCCGUGGCCCGUCGUGGAACGAUUCCUUCUAAACCUGCCCCCAGGCGCCGUCGGCUUGGACGUGGGCUGUGGAAACGGCAAGUACUUGACUGUAAACCAGAACGUCUUUAUCGUUGCUUCAGAUCGAUCCGAAAAUCUUGCCCGUAUCGCGGCAAAACAUCACCCCCAUUCGACCAUUCUGGCAGACAUUCUCCACCUGCCACAUCCCGACUCAUUUUUUGACUUUGCCAUCUCGAUCGCCGUCAUCCACCAUCUGUCCACCCCGGACAGACGGGUGCAGGCCAUCCGCGAGAUCCUGCGCACCCUGAAGCCGUCCACUGAUGAAGGCCCCGGCGGAAAAGCACUCCUGUACGUCUGGGCGCUCGAGCAGAAGAACAGCCGCCGCGGCUGGGACAAGGGCGACCAGAAAGACAUCAUGGUGCCGUGGGUGCUGAAGAGCGGCGCGUCCAAAGACAACGACGGCACCGAACCGAAGGUCUUCCAUCGGUACUACCAUCUCUUCGAGGCCUCCGAGUUGGAGCGGGAUAUCAACGCGGCGGGCGGCCGGGUCCUCGAAUCGGGAUAUGACAAGGACAAUUGGUGGGCGAUCGCGACCCGAUGA